AUGUUCUUUCUUCCACUGUCUUUGAAAAAGACCAGCUUUCAUCUUCGAAACUCGCGGCGACUUCUCCGACUAUUCUCCAGUUCUCCGUCUUUCUUUGAAGAUGCAGCACUCUUUCCAGGAGUAGACAACUUCGGACUUUACAGUGUCAUUCUACCCGAGGAACCUUUCAUUUUCGGAGUCUCUCACAUCAAGCCCAGAAUGGUUCCCAACCAUAUUAACCGACCCGCAUACGCGAUACGUGACUCCUCCGGCCGCGAGGCUGCACAAGAUGAUGCAGAAGAUGUAGACGGAAAGUUCCCACUUGGAGGCGAAGCGGAACGAAAAUUGAGAAGUGUCGCGUCUCUAGCAAAAAGUGUACGCGAAUAUGCUGGGAGCUUGGCCAAGGUCGGAACAACGACGAACGCGAUCGACGCUGCUGUUCAUGACUUCAUUAUCUCUCGAGGGGCUUAUCCGUCACCCUUAAUGUAUAACGGCUUUCCGAAAUCUUGUUGUACGAGUGUCAAUAAUAUCAUCACCCAUGGUAUCCCUGAUGAUCGACCACUUGAAGAUGGUGAUAUCAUCAACAUAGAUAUUACCGUCUUUCUGAAUGGCUACCACGGUGACACUUCCCAGACUUGGCUGGUUGGGGAUGUUGAUCUCCCUGGGCGUCUUCUAUGUGGCAUAACAAAUAACGCUCUCGAAGCUGGAAUCGCAGCAUGUGGGCCCGGACAACCGUUCAAGAACAUUGCCCGAGCAAUACACACUAUCAUUGAACCUCAAUACCACGGAAUGAACUUUUGUGUGUCUCCGGCUUUUAGUGGACAUGGUAUCGGCUCAGCUUUCCAUAGACAACCUUGGGUUUUGCACCAUUUGAACGAUGAGCCAGGUGUUAUGUUACCCGGGCAUUGCUUCACAAUCGAGCCUGCUAUCAUCCAAGGAAACCAUCCCACCAGUUGGAUAUUCCCUGAUGGAUGGACAGCUAGCACGGAGAAUUGUGCGCGGAGUGCUCAGGCAGAACACAUGGUACUGAUCACAAAUGAUGGGGCGGAAGUCCUUACUCGAUGA